AUGAAAAACCAUUUCUUCAACUGCUUAUUGAUCAUCACCAUCAUCAUAUCACUAACCUUAUCUCUUGUAUCAUCCAAUGGUGAGAAAUUGAGGAAUUCUGAAAGCAUCAGAAGAAUCCUACAUCAGCCACUGUUUCCAGCAAGCUCAUCGCCUCCACCCGGAGUCGAUGAUUUAGCAGCACCACCACCACCGCCACCAGAUGGUUCGGGGUAUACCCCGGACCAGCCUUUCUUUCCUGAGGUACCAGCAGGGUCAAGCCCAUAUCAGAACCCAUCACCACCAGCACCAGCACAACCUCUUCAGUCUACUGGGCUUAGUCCAAUACCAACCGCAGCACAAGCUGCAAAGCCCACCAAGAAAGUGGCAAUUGCAAUCUCAGUAGUAAUAGUAACACUAGGAAUGUUAUCAGCAUUGGCAUUCUACUUGUAUAAACACAGAGUGAAAAAACCAGUUGAGUCACAAAAGUUAGUGGGUGGUAACAGUGGUAAUGGUACCAAUGGUGCUAGAAGAUAUACAGAAGAAUCAAGAGUUCCACCAUCAAAUUUUCUGUAUAUUGGGACAGUUGAGCCUUCAAAUCAGAGAUCAAUGGCGGUUAAUGAAGAUAGCAUUGCCGCCAUAAAUGGAUCACCUUACCAUAAGCUGAAUAAUAGUAAUAGUAAUAUUAAUAGUAAUAGUGAUAUCGGAUCGAAAAGGUCAGAUCGAUAUAGGCCGAGUCCUGAUUUGCAGCCAUUGCCACCAUUGAAUAGAGCUCCACCAAGGAGUUUGCCUGUGUCAAAGAGGAUAACUUCUCCAACGGCUACUUUUUCUUCUGAUGAUGAAGAAAGAAGUGAUACUCUGUUUUAUACUCCGCACGGCUCGAUUCAUGGUUCAGUUGGUAGUGGUGAUGAUGGGUUUUGGAGUCAAGGUCUACGUCCAGGUAGUAGAACUAAUUCUUUGGGUUCUAAGGGUGAAACUUAUGGAGGGAAUUAUUUCCCUUAUUCUAGGAGGACUUCACCUAAAUCAAGAGGGUUAGCUUCAUCAUCACCUGAUGUUAUCAAGCAUGCUAUCAUUCCAUCUAUUAAGGCCACUCCUCCACCGCCUCCGCCUCCGCCUCCACCACCACCCCCGCCACGAAAAGAGAUGGAAUUAAAUCAUCUAAAGGAGAAUCCAACACAAGAAAACAGGAAAACAAGGUCAACUUUGCCCAAGAGAGCCAAAUCUGCAGCUCCUCCACCUCCACCAAAUUUAGCUCUCCUUCGAUCACUAAGCAGCAAUAGCCCAUCUCAUCAGAAAUCUAAACCACCACCUCCUCCUCCGCCACCUCCUCCGCCACCACCAUCACGAGCACCGUUAUCGACACCAAGGAAAGUACAUAAUACUGUGGAAAAUGGGUCUUCAGGAGCUUAUCAAGUGGCACCAAAGCCAGAAUUAGAAACCCCCAAGCCAAGAGAUUGCCAGAGUAAAGAGACUGUAAAAGUAAAAUCACAAGAAGAGGUUGAUCAUAAUGGAUGCACUUCUUCUGGAAGGCCUAAUGGAGACGAUUUAGAUGAAAGAAGACCAAAAUUGAAGCCUCUACAUUGGGACAAAGUAAGGGCAACCUCAGAUCGAGCAACUGUGUGGGACCAGCUGAAUUCAAGCUCCUUUCAGUUAAAUGAGGAUAUGAUGGAAAGUUUAUUUGGUUGCAAUUCAACCACCAAGGUUAAGAAAGAAACAACUAAGAAGUCGGUUCUUCCUCCAGUUGAAAAAGAGAAUCGGGUUUUAGACCCAAAGAAGUCUCAAAACAUAGCCAUAUUAUUAAGAGCACUGAAUGUGACUCGCGACGAGGUUGCUGAAGCACUUACUGAUGGCAAUAUAGAAGGCGUGGGUGCAGAGCUUUUUGAGACAUUGGUGAAGAUGGCACCGACCAAGGAAGAAGAAAUUAAACUGAAAGACUACAAUGGGGACCUCUCAAAAUUAGGUGCUGCUGAGAGGUUUCUUAAAGGAAUACUUGAUAUACCAUUUGCCUUCAAAAGAGUUGAAGCUAUGUUAUACAGAGCUAACUUUGACGCGGAAGUGAAAUACCUAACAAAAUCAUUUGAAACCCUUGAGGUAGCAAGUGAAGAACUGAAAAACAGCAGACUAUUCCUUAAACUCCUCGAAGCUGUUCUGCAAACCGGGAACAGAAUGAAUGCUGGAACGAAUCGUGGAGAUGUGAAAGCCUUUAAACUCGAGACACUCCUAAAACUAGUUGACAUCAAAGGAACAGAUGGAAAAACCACAUUACUCCAUUUUGUUGUCCAAGAAAUCAUUAAGUCUGAAGGCAUAGGCUCUGAUGUCAAUCCUCAAUCCCUUAAUCAAUUAAGCUCUACUAAGAAAGAAGAGGAGUUUAAAAGGCAAGGGUUGCAGAUUGUGUCAGGACUAAGUAGGGAGCUAGGUAGUGUUAAAGGUGCAGCUGGUAUGGACUCGGAUGUCCUAAGUAGCUAUGUGUCGAAGCUAGAAAUGGGGCUCGAAAAGGUCAAGUUAGUGCUGCAACAUGAGAAGCCGGAUAUGGAAGGAAGAUUCUUUGAGUCAAUGAGGAAGUUUCUAAAAGAAUCCGAAGAACAAAUUGCAAGAGUGAAGGCUCAUGAAAGAAAAGCAUUGGCUCAUGUUAGAGAAGUGACACAAUACUUCCAUGGUGACACAGCGAAAGAAGAAGCACACCCUUUCAGGAUCUUUUUAAUAGUAAGAGAUUUCCUCGCCAUACUCGACAACGUGUGUAAGGAAGUCGGAACAAUGGAGAGUAGAAGUGUAAUGGGCACGGCUAGAUCGUUUCGAAUAUCAGCAUAUGCAUCAUUACCAGUCCUUACAAAAUACAACGGUCGGCGAGAUGACAGUUCAAGUGAUGAAGGCAUGUCCUCAUGAGAUUAGAGAAAGAUUCCUCCACUCAUCCUCAAGUUGUAAAAUAUAAAUCACUCAGAAAAUCACAAGGCAAAAGCAAAAGGAACAAAGCAAAUAUAUAGUAUAACAAACAAUGUUGUCUGGCAUAGAUUCUUCAAGGGCAUUGAAAAAAAAAAGCAUCUCCAGCAUCAUCUUCCAAAAAGACCCAAUUAUUCAAUGGCUCAAUAAAUUCAGCAAUUUUGAGCUUUAGGGGAAAAAUUAUACUGUAGUCAACUUAGUCUAUUACAAAAACAAAAAAAAACCUACAUUUUGGAAAUAGUUUUCCCUGUAAAAUCUUUUGAUAAUUUUCUGGUUUAAUAUUUAUAAUUAUUUUUUCUAAUCUUAAUAAAUGAUGCAGUAGUUGUUGCAUUUUGUACGAUAUUGAAUUAUUGAGAUGUAUAUUUAUGAGCAAUCAUAUGAGAUGAAUUAUUGGUCUUUUACAGUA